AUGGCAUCGCGUUGGGUCUACAUCGUCGCCUCCGUCGUGGCCGCCGUCGCCCUGGCCUCCGCCUCUCCGCUCGAUGAGGACGACUUCGCGUGGCAGGACGAGGUCGACGCGCGCGUGGCCACCUCCGAGGUCUCGCCCGCCAGGAUCGUCGACGUCAUGGCCAACAUCCUCGUCCGGAGCUCAAGUGAGUCGAUGGCGAGGCGGAUCAAGAACGAGGACCGCGUGAAGCAGCUCCGCGCCGUGCCCCUCAGCGGCAACCAGGAGUUCGACACGGACAACGGCAAGAAGGCCAUCAGGAUCGAGAUCAGCAGCGCCUCCUUCACCAACAUGGGCAGCCUCAGGAGGUCCAGGAAGACCGUCCUGAAUGCUAACAGGCACCUGCUGUCCGGCAGCUUCAGCCUCGACAACGUCAACGUUAGAGCGAACUACAAGCUCUCCAUUGACAAGAUCGGCGAAGCCCCCGCCAGCACGGCCACGGGCCAGGCCUCGUUGCUGGCGCAGAAGGUCUUCGCCGAUUUCGUGUUCAUGGUUGACUCCGACGGCCUCCCGGUGGCCAUCCAGUCUGGAGAGCUCGCGUGGGAGACGCACGUACCUCGGGACCCCGAACCUCGACGGAAAUCCUUACAAGGAUGUGUUCAACAGUGUCUUGGACAGCACCUGAGGAGCCUCGUGGAAAGACUUGUCGAGAAGGACUUGUACAACCUCGUCAACAACCAGGUCGUCGGGAAAAUGGAACUGCAGUAGAUGAUCGCCUGAGGAAUGGCAAUUAACAGGC